UGUUUUCAUGUGCAGUGACAACAACAUUACUUUCUUUCCUCCAUUCUUGCUCUUCAUUUUCAAUUGCAGUUGUAACACUUGAUUGUUGUUGAAAUUUCAUGAUUCUCAUUAUUACUGUUCUAGUUUCAAUGUAUUACUUGUGAGAUAUCACUUUUGAUAUUAUCUGUUUUCAAAUGGGAAACAUAUUAUCCCUUUUACCAGUGUUAUCUGCAUUACCAUCCUGUUAAGACUCGCUUGAUAACAACGGAAGAGGAGGUUUAACAAUCAAUCUUGAUUUUUUUUUUGGAUUUUAAGUUGGGACCAGCUCUCCUCAAAAAGUUAAAUAAGAAAGAAGGAGGUGGAGGAACUGCAAUUCAAACCAGGCCACAAUAAACAAAAGUGAAUUGUUCAUUCCACUUCAUCGAGGUUACCAGUUCCAGUUGAUCAACUGGUUUUCCUUGAAGAAGAAAGUGAAAGUACGAAAGCCAUUUCUCCUGAGUUAUCGUUCAACAUAAAGUCUACAAAACUCUAUUUUUCACCAAAAAACAUCAGCAAAUUUUUGAUACAGAUACUGACUACGAUGGCUACUUAUUUAUCAAUUUUGAUUAUCAUCUGUUCAUAUUUUUCAUCAAAUUUCUUGGUCCAAUCAGCUAACAUAACUGAUCAAUUUACUGACUCUAAACAUGGUAUCCCAAAUGGGUAAAGUAAUUCAAGGAUGUGACGAUGCUAAAACGAACUUGGAACUUGACUGGAAUAAUUCGCCAACAGAUUACCUUUGCUUUCACCCAAAAAAUCCAUAUCCAGUGAAAAGAAUAAAAAGCAUUCAAGAAUGUGUUCAACUUCCGUCUGAUUAUUAUCCUCAACAUUUUUGUAUGGACACUAAGCUUUCAUAUAACGUGACUCUCCCCACUUACGGAGACCAUAGACCACUGUGGCCGGUCUUCGGUGAAUACAAAUACGUUCCUCCACAAAGAUGGCUUCAUAACAUAGAGCAUGGAGCCGUUGUUAUGUUAUACCAUCCGUGUGCACAUCCGUUUAUGGUUAAUAGAUUACGUGCCAUUGUUCGAGGAUGUAUCCGUAAACACAUUAUAACACCAUACGUUCAUCUGGACCCUGAUCGCCCUCUUGCUUUGAUUUCUUGGGGCUGUUCCUUGAAAAUAAAUUAUGUCAAAAGACAAGAAAUUGUCAAUUUUAUAAGAACUACUGCGCUUCAUGGACCUGAAGGAAAGUACGCUAAAGAAGGGCAAUUCACCAAAAAUCUGA